CUUAUGUACUUGCGAUAGUAGGUCUAUAAUAAAACCGUUAAGCGGUUUGGGCUUAGUGGUUUAAGCGCUAAAAAGUGGUUUCCCUGUGAUAUUUGAAAACCACUUACAGCGUUUUCCAUUUAGAGCAUAAAUAUAAUUUCAUAUUUUCAUAUCUCCACCAGUUCAUGUUCUCUCUGGAAAGUUAUCUUCCAAAAAGAGAAGGAAAAAAAAAACAACACGAAAAGCACUUGAUUCUAUUCAUAAUUAGCUUCAAAACAAGGCUGAAUUUGGGGAGAUCUAGGCGAGAGAGGCAAUUAAAAAACUCUUAGAUUUCAAUGGGAAGAGGAAAAUUAGUGAUUCGAAGAAUUGACAAUUCGACAAGCAGGCAAGUGACUUUCUCGAAGAGAAGAAACGGAUUGUUGAAGAAAGCGAGGGAGUUAUCGAUCCUUCGCGAUGCUGAAGUUGGAUUACUCAUCUUUUCCAGCACCGGCAGGCUUUACGAUUAUGCCAGCACUAGCAUGAAGUCUGUGAUAGAACGCUACAAGAGGGUAAAAGAGGAACAUCAUCAAGUAAGAAGCCCCGCUUCAGAAGUCGAGUUUUGGCAAAGGGAGGUAGCAAGCUUGAGGCAACAACUACAAUACCUGCAAGAAUACCACAGGCAAUUGAUGGGAGAAAGACUAUUUGGCUUAAGCAUCAAUGAUCUGCAAAAAUUGGAAAACCAGCUUGAAAUGAGUUUGAAAGGUGUCCGCGUGAAAAAGGAUCAAAUUCUAAGAGACGAAAUAAAAGAGCUGAACCACAAGGGACACCUCAUUCAUCAGGAGAGUCUAAAACUGCAUAAGAAGUUAGACCUCAUGUGCCAAGAAAACACUGAACUUAAAAACAAGGUACUGGAUUAGACAAUUUAUAAUUGAUAAAAAUACCAUUACCACUAUGCAAUAAGUCCCAUAAAAUAAUCUUGAGUUACAAGCAAAUGAAGAUUUUCCUCAUGAUAGUCCUAAAUAGCACAAUUUUUGGUUUUAGGUUUAUGGAACACAAGCAAAUGAAGCAAGCAGAAGCCCCCACACAAAUUACACUUUCAACAAUGGACAUGAUCUGCAUGCACCUGUUCAUCUCCAAUUAAGCCAACCCCUACCUCUUAAGAAUGAUGCA